AUGGAGAGGCUAGCUUAUGCUAUCAAGAGGGAUGAGUGCAGUGAAGAUGUAGAGCUGGCCCUUGAUCUUUUCAAAGAGUUGCAGAGCAAUUCCAGCAAUUUUUUCUAUAGUGUGCAGGUUGACAAGGCAUGCCGUGUGAAGAAUAUAUUCUGGUCUCAUGCUGUAUCAAGGAGGAAUUUUCAGGCCUUUGGCGAUGUUGUGACGUUUGAUACUACAUAUAAGACUAAUAGUUACAACAUGCCAUUUGCUCCGUUCGUAGGAGUGAAUAAUCAUUUUCAGAGCAUAUUGUUUGGGUGUGCAUUGCUUAGAGAUGAGACAGUUGAGUCUUUCAAUUGGUUGUUCUCUACGUUCAGGAAGUGCAUGAAUGGAAAGGAGCCGCAGUGCAUACUUACCGAUAAUUGCCAACAGAUGGCCGCCUCUAUUAAAAAAGUUUUUCCAAAAGCGUCUCAUCGUGUUUGCAAGUGGCAUAUACUUAAGAAGGUGAGGGAAAAUUGUGGAAAUAUCUACAGCACUAGAGAAACAUUCAAAGAAGACUUUCAUAGGGUGUUAACUCAGAUGUUGACCGUAGAUGAGUUUGAGGGGGCAUGGAAGGAAUUAAUUUUCGAGUAUAAGCUGGAAGAUUGUGUGUAUCUGAAGCAGAUGUGGGAUAUCAGGGAAAAGUGGGCAUUUCCUUAUUUUGGGCAGUUGUUCUAUGCUGGAAUGACAACUACACAGAGGAGCGAGUCAGUUAAUUAUGUCUUGAAAAGGUUUGUUAUGCCGGCCUCUUCGAUGAAUGGUUUCGUAAAGAAGUACGAGAGAUUCUUCAUAGACAGAUUACAGAUGGAAGAUUAUGAGGGAUUUCAUACUAAACACGACAAAGUUGUUAUGAAGACUAGAUCACCAUUGGAAAGACAUGCUUCAAAGGUAUAUACUCAUGGUGUAUUCAACUUAUUUGUGGAGCAGCUAUCGGAAAAUGUUUGA